AUGCCUCGAGGAGUAAGAGGAAAACCUAGACGCAAUACGCGUUCUAAGCCUGCUCCUAUUCCAAGACAAACACGUUCUGCUGCACGAAAGGGUAACAAACAGGCUCCCGUAGAAUCUCCACAAACUAUUACGGAAUCAUUAGCUACAGAUUCAGAUAUCGACCAACCAUCUCAAGAAAAUCAACAAACACCACAGCCCACUGUCAGAUCUGGAAGAUUAAGAAUACGUUAUACUGUUAAUCCUGAGCCUUCACAACCUUCACAGCCUUCGCCAUCAAAUGACAUUGUUGCCACCCCGGUAAAACGUAGACCUGGUAGACCGCGUAAAUAUCCAGAAUCUGUAACUAGUACACCUACUAGUACAAAACGUAAAAAGAAAACAGAUGACGUUGUUAUUACGAAACGUAGAAAGAAAACAAAGGAUGAUGUUGAUAAAAAACAUGGCAGUUUUGUUAAAGCUCAUCAAAAGGUUGGUGAACUGACAACGCAACCAAUGGAUAUUGAUGAUUUUGAGGGAGAUGAAGAUGAUGGUAAAAUAGAUGAAAAAGGAGAACUGAAAAUUACAAAAGAUGGUGAUUUGUUAGGUGGUCGUAAAUUUAAAGUAUCAGUUUUUCAAUUGCCAUCACGAGGAAACACCUGGUACAUGUUAUCUAUGGAUCCUGCAAAACUUUUGGGUUUUCGUGACAGUUAUCUAUUUUUUUUGCGAAACCCAACUUUGAAAAGAAUACAUGCAACGAAUCAAGAACGUGAUUACCUUAUUACGCACGGAUUUUUGCCAUCAAAUUUCAGAAGCAGAGCAAUUACGCUCGUAUCAGCCAGAUCUACAUACAAGUUAUUUGGGUCAAAAAUUAUCGUAGGAGGGAAAAGGAGGAGAGAUGAUUAUUAUGAAUCCUCAAUCAGAUUUAACGAUGACGAUCUGAGUGAUAAAGGAGAAGAAGCAUCAGGUGUAGAUAGUACAAGUAAUAUUCUUUCACGGCGAGUGUAUUUGGGUUCAAAGCCACGUAAAAUGAUCAAUAAGACAAAUUGGAUGUAUCAAACGGCUUUAUCAUCAAGAGAUUAUAAUACUCGAUUGAAAAUCCAUAGGAAAGAAAAGCCAAGAUUUUAUGAUCCUCAUACUGAUAUUGAGCAAGUACCUCAAGCAACUCAACCUACGCGCAUAUGGGUUGAAUCUUUAUCGCAACCAACAGGAUUACCACUAUCGAGUGAUGUUAUAAUAGCAACGAAAGACCCAGAGAUUCAUUUUGCGACAGUUCCUUACAAUCCUCUUAGCACGCUAAGUGCAGAAGUCUUGGAAGUUUUGCCCCCUGAGAUUCGACAGGUUGUUGAUAGUAUGGGAAAUGAAGAAGAUACAAGACAAGUUCCUGAUGAUAAGUAUCCUAUAGCAUUAAUGGAUGAUCAAUUCCAAUCUAAAUAUCCAAUACAUCGUACAAGAUUUGGUCAGGAUAUUCCCAGAGUUCUAAAACAUUCUUAUCAUCAAGUAUCCACCUCACAACCAUCAAUUUUGACAUCACUUUCUACAGAUGAUACUUCAUACGAACAGUGUUACUAUUAUCCUGAUGAUGAUCUAAAUACAGCAAAAACGCCUCCCCAAUAUAUUUGUGGUGUAUUGACUGCUACAACCGGACAACCCUGUAGACGCGGAGUGUCUUUCGAAGGAGACAAGUGCAUGUAUCAUAAAGAUGUUGAGGUAACCCCAGACGGAACCAUCCUAUCAAGGACUAUGCCUGAUAUGAUAGAUUCAGAUCUAGUUCAGUCUAUGAAUAAUAGUAUCGUGUCAAGUCCUGCUGUUGCAUCUAGUUCAAGUGCGGUUCAACCUUUACCUAUACUUCAUGAUGAUACUUGCGCAAUAUGCUUGUUAGUUAUCGCUCCUGAUUCUGCUGUACCUAAAACUGCCACCGGAGUGCCAUGUUCAAUGGAAUACAAAACCAAAUGCGCAAAUUGCUUAAAACAGUAUCAUCCAAUUUGUUUAGGCCUUACAACCCCAAGACUUAUUAUUGCGAUGGAAGGAUACCCUUGGAUUUGUAAUGAUUGCAAGAGUUGCGCUGUUUGUCAUUCCUCUGAAGACGAAUCGACACUUUUAAUCUGCGAUGACUGUGAUCGUGGUUGGCACCUAAAUUGUAGUGAUCCAAAAGUUACUGAAGUUCCCCAAGGUCCAUGGUUGUGUUCGUUAUGUGCUCAAUGCAACUCAUGUGGAGAAAAAGCUGUCUCAUUGAAUGAUGCCGCCAAAAAUUAUAGUCAUUCAGAGGCAACAUCUGAAUCAACCAGAUAUCCAACAUAUCUGGCGACGAUUUGUAAAAAAUGCAAUUUCAACUUUUUCGAGGAUAGAUUUUGUCCAAUGUGUCUGAAGACUUAUUCGGAGGAUGGCGAAGAUAGUGAAGAUGAUAAAGAAAUGAUAUGCUGUGAUGUAUGUGACAGAUGGAUUCACAUAAAGUGUGAUGAUGAUAUCACUCCAGAGAAAUACCAAGAAUUAGUUGAGAAUACUGAAGCCAAAUAUAAAUGUCCUUUAUGCGAUGAAAGGAUCACACCUAUAGACCCAAAGAACGAAAAACAAAAAGCAGCAUUGAGCAUGGGUCAACCUAGUGCUAUACCAGUUGCUAUAAUUGCUGGUGAUAAAAAGAUCCGAGGAAUAGUAGAAUUUAAGGGGAAGAAGGUGACUGUCCCCGAAAUUCGGGGAUGGAAGGGUCAAAUCUGA